UUUAAACAUUCAUUCUUAGUGGUACACAACUAAUUUUCUAGCUGGCAAAACGUCAAUAGAUUAUCUUAAUACAUAAAUCAAUUAAAACAUGGGGAGCAAACAAAGAAUUAGGUUAAUGAAUGAAAAAUAUCAGAAAACUGUUGCGCAAGGAGGUACAUUGAGCAAGAACGUAAUAUAUAUUGUAUGUGAAUUUUUUCUAAAUUCUCUGUUACAUUAGAUAAAGCAACAAGGUCCACCAGUCGGUAAAGGACUUUUGGCGUUUUUCAUAUUUGUAGUUUGUGGCUCUGCCAUAUUUCAGAUAAUACAAAGCAUAAGAGGUGGAUUUUAAAUGGAAAAUAAUAUUGGAAUAUAUAUUGCAAUAUGUUUUAUUAUUUAUGCUCAUUAUUUAUUUAACAUAUUUACAUUAUAUCAUUCAUUCCUUUUAUUUUAUCCAAAUGUUUUAAUAUAUAAGAUGGAAAUUAAUUUUUAUGGGAAACAAUAAUUAAAUAAAUUUUUAAAUAUCUUUAA